AUGGACCUCGGAAACUCCACAGUCAAAACUCCAGACCCCGAAACAGAGGCUCAGAACCCGGCCCGGAUCCAGCCGCCGGCAAAGGCGCCGCCUUUAAGCAACGGUGUGCUGAAGCGCCACGCGCCGCUGGGUCUCCACCAUCCCCACCACCCGGUGGUCGUCACCUACAAGGAGUGCCUGAAGAACCACGCCGCCAGCCUCGGCGGCCACGCCCUCGACGGCUGCGGCGAGUUCAUGCCCUCGCCGGCCUCCAACCCCGCCGAGCCCGCCUCCCUGAGGUGCGCCGCGUGCGGAUGCCACCGCAACUUCCACCGCCGCGACCCCGACGAGUCGCCGCCUCCGCCGCCCGCCCUCGAGUACCAGCCCCACCACCGCCACCAUCCCCCGCCGCCGCGCGGAGGCAGCGGCAGCCCGGACGAAUCCCCGUCCCCGCCGCCGAUCUCCACGUCGUACUUCCCGUCGGCGCCCCACGUGCUGCUGGCCCUCAGCCACGGCGGCCAGCCCGCCCCCCCGCCUGACGGGUCCAUCCCGAUCUCGAUCUCCGGCGGCGCAUCCGUGCCCGCGAUGAGUUCCGGCGGCCGGAAACGCUUCCGGACGAAGUUCACCACUUACCAGAAGCAGAGGAUGCUCGAUUUCUCCGAGAAAGUCGGCUGGAAAAUGCAGCGGAGGGACGACGACGCCACCAACGAGUUCUGCAGCGAGAUCGGAGUCGACAGAGGGGUUUUCAAGGUGUGGAUGCACAACAACAAGAACAACUUCGCCAAGAAAGACAAUCCACCGGCGGCAUCCGCCGCCCCGAACGGAAACGGCGCAAUCUACCACCACUUCCAUGACGGAAAUGGUGCUGACGUCAAACCCAGUCUUCAUGAAGGUACAACUGCUCAAGCCAUUGGUACAAAUGGCUCAUCGUCUUCUUCUUAA